CCAUGGCGCACUCAAUGUCUCGUCCCGUGGCUGCCACUGCCGCUGCUCUGUUAGCUCUGGCUCUUCCCCAAGCUCUUGCCCAGGCCAACACCAGCUACGUUGAUUACAACGUCGAGGCCAACCCUGACUUGUACCCUUUGUGCAUAGAAACCAUCCCACUGAGCUUCCCCGACUGCCAGAAUGGCCCCCUGCGCAGCCACCUCAUCUGCGACGAAUCAGCCACCCCCUAUGACCGAGCAGCAUCGCUCAUCUCGCUCUUCACGCUGGACGAGCUGAUCGCCAACACCGGCAACACCGGUCUCGGUGUCUCCCGACUGGGCCUCCCUGCAUACCAAGUAUGGAGUGAAGCACUUCACGGCCUCGACCGUGCCAACUUCAGCGACUCAGGCUCCUACAAUUGGGCCACUUCGUUCCCCCAGCCUAUCUUGACCACCGCGGCCCUCAACCGCACCCUCAUCCACCAAAUCGCCUCCAUCAUCUCCACCCAAGGCCGCGCCUUCAACAACGCCGGCCGCUACGGCCUCGAUGUCUACGCCCCAAACAUCAACACCUUCCGCCACCCCGUCUGGGGUCGCGGACAAGAAACUCCAGGAGAGGACGUCUCUCUCGCCGCCGUCUACGCCUACGAAUACAUCACCGGCAUCCAGGGUCCCGACCCAGACUCGAACCUCAAACUCGCCGCCACGGCCAAGCACUACGCCGGCUAUGACAUCGAGAACUGGCACAACCACUCCCGUCUGGGCAACGACAUGAACAUCACCCAGCAAGACCUGUCGGAAUACUACACUCCCCAGUUCCACGUCGCCGCCCGCGACGCCAAAGUCCACAGUGUCAUGUGUGCCUAUAACGCCGUCAACGGCGUCCCUGCCUGCGCCGACUCUUACUUCCUCCAGACCCUCCUCCGCGACACCUUCGGAUUCGUUGACCACGGCUACGUCUCCAGCGACUGCGACGCCGCCUACAACAUCUACAAUCCCCACGGCUACGCCUCCUCCCAGGCUGCCGCUGCCGCUGAGGCCAUCCUCGCUGGCACUGACAUCGACUGCGGUACCACCUACCAAUGGCACCUGAACGAGUCCAUCACUGCGGGAGAUCUCUCUCGCGAUGAUAUCGAGAAGGGUGUGAUCCGCCUCUACACGACCCUUGUGCAGGCCGGAUACUUCGACUCCAAUACCACCAAGGCGAACAACCCCUACCGCGACCUCACCUGGUCCGAUGUCCUCGAGACGGACGCAUGGAACAUCUCCUACCAAGCCGCGACGCAGGGCAUUGUCCUUCUCAAGAACUCCAACAACGUCCUUCCCCUCACCGAGAAAGCUUACCCACCAUCCAACACCACCGUCGCCCUUAUCGGUCCCUGGGCCAACGCCACCACCCAACUCCUGGGCAACUACUACGGCAACGCUCCCUACAUGAUCAGCCCCCGCGCCGCGUUCGAAGAAGCCGGAUACAAAGUCAAUUUCGCCGAAGGCACCGGUAUCUCCUCCACAAGCACCUCGGGCUUCGCAGCCGCCUUAUCCGCCGCCCGGUCCGCCGACGUGAUCAUCUACGCCGGUGGUAUCGACAAUACUCUUGAAGCGGAGGCACUGGAUCGCGAGAGCAUCGCAUGGCCGGGUAACCAACUGGACUUGAUCCAAAAGCUCGCCUCGUCGGCCGGAAGCAAGCCGCUCAUCGUUCUCCAAAUGGGCGGCGGACAGGUCGAUUCCUCGUCCCUCAAGAACAACACGAACGUCUCUGCGCUCCUCUGGGGCGGAUACCCCGGCCAAUCCGGCGGUUUCGCUCUGAGAGACAUCAUCACGGGAAAGAAGAACCCCGCGGGCAGACUAGUCACGACACAAUACCCAGCCAGCCACGCGGAGGAGUUCCCCGCGACGGAUAUGAACCUCCGUCCUGAGGGUGAUAACCCCGGCCAAACAUACAAAUGGUACACCGGCGAAGCAGUGUACGAGUUCGGCCACGGAUUAUUCUACACGACCUUCGCGGAAUCAUCCAGCAACACCACUACGAAGGAAGUUAAGCUCAACAUCCAGGACAUUCUUUCCCAGACACACGAAGAGCUAGCCUCAAUUACCCAGCUCCCUGUGCUGAACUUCACUGCCAAUAUCAAGAACACUGGAAAGCUGGAAUCGGAUUACACUGCUAUGGUAUUCGCCAAUACCUCUGAUGCCGGUCCGGCGCCGUAUCCCAAGAAGUGGCUGGUCGGGUGGGAUCGGCUUGGGGAGGUGAAGGUUGAAGAGACGAGGGAGUUGAGGGUUCCCGUUGAGGUGGGGAGCUUUGCGAGGGUGAAUGAGGAUGGCGAUUGGGUGUUGUUUCCGGGAACGUUUGAGUUGGCGUUGAACCUGGAGAGGAAGGUUAGGGUGAAGGUGGUUCUUGAGGGUGAGGAGGAAGUCGUGCUGAAGUGGCCUGGGAAGGAGUAGAAAGUACUAUUCUGUUGAUGGCACUAGAGGAUGAAAGUCAGUCUAUUACUGGAUAUGCAUAGUGGUGAUACGAUGUAAAUAGCUCUAUGAAGUAAUUAGUUCAAGUGGGAAAAACCCUUCAGUCCAC